GUGGUAGUCUGAUCAUUAUGUGCCCAGUGCACUAGUUGCUCGUUAAUUGUCUAGACAUUUCAAUGUUGUGAAUUCUACCAACUUCAGCCAACCUGCAAUAAUAACCAUGCCCAAUACUGGCCCAUAACAGUGACAGCAUUUAUCAGGACCGAAUUAUGCAAUAUACGUCCAGGUUUUUCAUUCUUCCCGCCCCACAAGGUUCAAUGAUACAGCAUUCCAUUUCGUUCCUGCUACUCGCUAGACCGCUUCUUGCUUGAAAUUCAAACCUUGAAUAUCCCGAAUGAUACGACCAUGACGAAGACCACAAGACGGGCUGUAAAGAACAAGCAGCCUUCUUCAAAACCCGCACCGAAGCCGCUUAAUCCGUUCGUCCCCGCGCCCUCCACCUUACGGCCCUUUCUAGACGUCCUCUCGCCGAACGAGAUAUACCUUGCGCAUAUUGACAAAGAGGAACCGAGCUUCAAGAAACAACUCUUCAUCGUCCCCAUCCUUCUGAACACCACUAUAAUUCUUGCCAUUGCAUAUCGUUUCUACAACGGGAUCCAUGUCUACCCCGAAAUCCUAGCCUCCGCAUUGGGGAUAUCCUCAGUCCCAACGGCCGACUUUUCGUCUGGAUCAUGGCAGCAAAUAGCAGGCGUGAUUCUGCGACGGGCCAUAACCUUUUCUAUCGAUUAUUUCCUAAUCACCCUUUUUCUCCCCUGGCCCAUCCGCUUUCUCCGAGGUCCCAUAUACUGGCGUCGCAAAGUCGGGUUUCGUCAGCGCGAGAUCGUGAUUCGGCAAAGUCGGAAGCCCUGGUCGUCGAAGCUGGCUCGUAAUAGCUGGAUAUACGAUGACCAAAAGACUGUCGACGAUAAAGUCGUUCCUGCUAUUACCCCGCAGAGGCUCAUGAAGAGCGGGUAUCUUCUUAUUGAUGCCGACUGGGAUCUUGAUUACAAUGCGAUGGUGCGAGCCCAUGAGCUGGUGGACCUCACCGCUAAGGGCCAGGGAGUACAGCUCGACGAAUUCCGCACUGCAGUGCUCGUCAAUACAGAUGAAGACGGCUGGCUUCUCUGGCGAGUCGCGGAUGAGGAAACGACAGAACGUGGGGACCAACGAGACCAGUUAUUCGCAUUCCGUCAAAGGCUAGCUUCUAUGGGCAAAGAAGAUUUAUUCUUUCGAUGGGUUGAAUUGGUCCAGUAUGAAAGCACGCAGCCCGGUGGAUUUACGCCGGAACGACAGCGCAGCACGAUGCUCCAGGCAAAAGAGAUGUUUGAGGCUCAGGGAGUUGACUUUUCUCGCUUUUGGCAGGAAGUCGGAGGUAUGGAAGGUGGUUUAGAACUGCCGUAGAUGUGCAUGUAGGAUUAAUAGAGAUGAAUUAAUACAAAAGCGUUUUAAAUGUAUGAUUAGAACUUUUAGAUAAUGGCUGGCUUUUCAGCGGAUGCUAAAAAUUUAGA